GUCAUCCUCUGUGUGUACCUAAUGAAGUGAACCACUCAGAGGAGAGGUAAAGGACAGGACAAGCAGGGUUUAGGCGAGCGCGGCCCGGCCUACGGGCUCAGCUUAGCCUCUUAAGUCCCGCUUGGGAUUUUCCUUCCAAUAUCAAUAGUCCCGACAGAUACGUUUCCACGGGAUAUUCUUAUUCUUGUCCCUCCUCAAUCCAAUGGGCGCUUCUCUGUAUUGUCUCGCCAACUGAUGCUCUCUCCACCAUCCUCCUCCUCAAAUCCCAUUUCCAUGUACAGGCAGCAGAUACACUCAGCUCUAAUUAAGCAAACCACUGGAUGUGUUGCAGAGCGGGAGGGGGACUCUCAACACACACGUACUGUUGCAACCCGACAGAGACGUCGUCCGAAUGCAGGCAUCAUUGCUGUCCAAAAUGAAAAGAGAAGUCCAGUGUGCUGAUGGAAUGUACCAACAUGAUAAAACAACCUGUUGCCUGUGUGCCAUAGGUCAGCGCUUGAAAGAACACUGCACUGCUGCCAGUCCAAAAGAUACGCAAUGCGAACAAUGUGAGCCGGGCACAUAUAACAGCCAACCGAACCAGGACAAAAGCUGCAAACGCUGCACGUCCUGCUCACACAAGAAUGCUGCUCUGGAGGUGGAGACGACCUGCACCCGAGGGCGUGACACCAAGUGCCGGUGCAAAGCUAAUCACUACUGCAUUUCGGUCGGCACUAAAGGCUGUACAACUUGCAGUCCUUGUACAGAGUGCGGUUUGGAAGGUGUCAGAGUUGCCUGCAAUGCCACUCAUGACACAGUGUGCAAUGCCAAAUUAGAAAGGAGAGCUUAUGUUUACACAGGAGUCGCUGUCGCUUUAGCAAUAAUUGUAGUUGCUGUGUUCAUCUACAGGAACAGGAAACUAAAACACUGCAAACAACAGUUCUCCCGCAAUUCAGCAACAGUUGAGUUUAACCGCGAGCAAAUGGAGCCAUUUAACAUCCCCCAAACGGACCCUUUGCCGUAUCUGCCCGCUAUUGCAGAAGUGAUAGGGUGGAAGACUAUGACGAGGGUGGCAUACAAGAGCGGGAUGAAUCAUGUCACGAUUGAGAACUGUGAACUGGACCAGCAGCAUGACAGUCAGGAACGGACGCUGCAGCUACUGAGGAUAUGGGUGGAACAGCAGGGCAUGGACGCCAUGAAAACAUUGGUACAAAUCCUGCAUGACAAGCAUAAAUACCAAGCUCAGAAGGUGUCGCAUAUUUUAUCAACUAGGAUAUGAAUAUUUGGAGCACUAUUAUUGUUUUUUAACAAACCUGAUGAAUGAUAUGCUCCAUUUAAAGGGGAAAUUUCACAGCAAAAGUAAUGCCCGGAUAGGAAAAAUUUACUAUAAAAUAUUCCGUAAUCCAAACCUAUUUUGAAAUAAUACAGCGGCAUACUUUUUUAUAGGCAUUUUUGAAAUCGGUUUCACAAAUAGUCAGCCACAAAUGAAAAUUCAAAUGGCGCAAUUGGGUUCUUUCGGUAAUUUUCAGGGAUGACGUCAACAAGUUAGAUAAAUGUAAAAAGUCUACCUUUUACUAUAGGCAUAAGUGUGGGAGCUGUCUGCCACAAAAUUCCGGAUUAUUGCGUUGUCUGUGGAUUUAAUUUUCAAUUUUCAAUUUCAAUUUUAUUUGUAUAGCCCUCAAUCACAACAGAAGUCUCAAAGGGCUUUACAGAGGCAAUAUGAUACACAAUUAGAAAUGAAGCAACAAAGAUAUUCAUCUUUUAGAGAUAUUUAGAGAUAUCAUCGUAUUGAGUUUUCAAAAGAGGAUGCACUUAGAUGAGGGUGAGUGGGAUUCGUGCAGCAAAUUAUUUUCGUGAACUUGGACUGGAGGAUGUGGUGACGAGGAUAUAGCAAAUCAAACGCACAUGCGCACUGUUUACGGCAGGCGACCAAUGUGGGACACGCUUGCGUACAGUAACAAAAUCUUGAACCGGAAUCAUAAGCAAAGAUGUGUUGAACUGCUAUUAAAUUGUACUUGCAUGUAUGAUAUUACGAACAUGUUUUUGAAUAAUAUGCAAACGUAAGUACACUCCUUACAUUUCUGCAGGUAUUUCAUUAUAUCUUUUCAUAGGACAACACUGAUGACUUGACCCUUACACAAGUAAAAGUAGUCACUGUACAGCUUACAUAGCAGCGUAACUUUAUUGUCAAAAUAACUCAAUACUAAUAAUAAUGGCUGUAUUUUGAGUAUUAAAAGGAACCACAGACUUACAGACCUGUAGGCUGUAAUAAGCCAAAAUUGUUCUUUUACCAAAAUAUGUUAUUAGAAACAUACUGUAUAUUAUUGCCAUUGAUUUAAAAAUCUAUAAUAUUUAGUACAUGUUUUGACCUACGGAGGGCGCCAUGUUUUAUGUGCGCAAUCCUCGGUGGAUAUAAUGACGCGGUUGGGCUGGACUGGGAGAAUAGCUGAGCUAGCUAGCAAACGAAGCUAGUAUGACGACUGGCAUGAUUUUGUCACAUUCGGCUGCCUGUCAGAUUGUUUUGUUUCAGUGCUGUGGGAUGAGCAGUGUUGUUAAUAACGCCGUUACAAUAUAACGGCGUUACUAACGGCGUUAUUUUUUUCAGUAGUGGGUAAUCUAAUUAAUUACUUUUCUCAUCUUGGCAACGCCGUUACCGUUACUGAGGACGGAAAGGCAUGCGUUACUAUGCGUUACUAUAUUGGUCGAAAAGUCUGAGGGAGACGGACUCACCGAGACGACAGAGCGGGGAGGAGGCAAGAAAGUUGUGACGCCGAGCAAACGCGAUGCUAGGUAGCUCCAAUAAUACAUGUUGUAGCCGAUAGCCGACAAACUACGCCCGCAUGUUAUGGUAGAUAUGGUAGACAUGGUAGAUAUCACAUGUACUGUAUAUAGAUAUAACUAGAUGCAAAAUGACAGACAUGGCACUAGAUGUGUUCGUAGACAGCCGCCAUCUUAAAGCAGUAGGCUUUUUAGGACGGCUCUGUUGUAGAGAACCUUCCUAGCGAAGCUAAGUAACUUUUUAUCUAAAAUAUUUCUAAAUUGGCAAAAUCUUGACUUGAAUCUAUCUUUAAAUGAUGAAACAGAUUUAAAACUUUCAUAUGUCGAAAGUAGAGAGAAGGGAACUAAUGCAAUAAUGGGAGCAAUUUUAACAACUUUUUAACAGUUGAUUCAGGGUAAAGGGUAAAUUAGGGUAAAGAAUUGGGCUCGGGCCAAUUGUACCAAAAACCUCCACAAAAAACUUCACAUAGUGUGGCCAAAGUUUUUUUUUUUUUUUUUUGAGGGGAAAAAAAAAAAGUAAUUAUCACCAAUUACUUUGCCAAGUAACUAAUUACUCUUACAUUCAGGUAAUUGAGUUACUAACGCAAUUACUUUUUGGGAGAAAUAAUUUGUAACUAUAAUUAAUUACUUUUUUUCAGUAAGAUUAACAACACUGGGGAUGAGUUACCAACGUUGUACCUGCAUCCAAUUCUAGCACCUCAGCAGUGUCUUUAAACUGAUCCUAGGCGGCUCGCCGAGAUAGUGUUUUGCUGCCAUUUGACAGUUUGUAUUCUUGACCCCUUCGUUGCGGGUUGCAUAUUUGCCUUGGUUUUUCCGUCCGUCUGCCACUCACCGCGGUUUUCCCAUUUUUGAUAUUUUUUGUUUAUCCCGACCCUUUUUAUUUCUCCCUUUUCGCGAUCGUGUAUUUCUUUAGUGUGUUCAAUAAACCCUUUUACGCAAUUCCUACGUUAUUGUUGUCUGCUUGCUUUCGCAUUCGCGGACCGUAACACUUUCGGGUUUUACCGUGUAGGGAUAGACAAUGCAUGUGGGUUGCGAUAGCUUUAUAAGGAAAAUCAUGACUCUGUCAUCAUGCGGUAGUAUUGUCCUGUGGUCUAUGCGCUCGUCUGUUGCGCGGGAAACGCUGGUUUCAAUCUCGCUGGAGACCUUCAUUUAAUUGCUUUUGCUGCUCGUUUUGUGAAAUAUCGACAGUGUUGUACUGCUCAUCAUUUUUCCGCUUGGUUUCAAAUUGGAAGGUCAGAACCGAUGGCAUGUGUAUGUAGCUAAAGAGGCACACUGUGGAAGCAUGGCAGCGCCACCCAGUGACGUCACCGCAGAGUACAUUGUGUCGUCAACAACAAUGGCAAGCAACUAAUUAAACAAAUUUUUUAAAUUUCAUUAAUGAUACCCUUUAAAAAACAUUGUUUAAAAGAAACAUCCCCGAAACACAUCAUAUACCCAAACUGUCGUAAAAAUGUCGCAAAUCAACGCAGGCACGUUUAACUUGUGCAUGUACUCCACAUGCCUCACUCACAUCCUGUCGAUGCUCACAUUGGGUUGCGACACGGCUUAAAAGGGAGGCUUUGCGUCCAAAACUUAAGGCGUCUGUGUGCGGGAACUCCCGCAGUUAGUUCCACACGUGGCGCUGAGAUUGCGCUAAUAAUAUCAUGGGGGAAAAAAUAUUCAUCAAACAAAACCGAAGCGGUUUUUAAGUGAACCGAGCCGAAAAUGCAAAUGCACAUUGGAGCCGAGUGAUGCCACCUGUUGAGAUGUGCGAGGGAAUGUUGAGCUGUGUGCGUCCAUGUAUGAUCGUAUUUUUCCUUCAUUCUGGAGGGUUCCAGCGAUAGGUUGGAGCUGAUACGCUGCCGGCUGUUUCAUAAUGUUGCCAUUGCAACUGCGGGUAGUCGUCGCUCCCGCUCGUCCUUGCGAAGUCCGCAAGAAUUGUUUACAACAUAUUCGUGUUGCACAUUUAUUCCGUGAGGUGACGUGUUCGUUUAGCAUUUUUAGCAUGUGUUGUAAGUCCGAUUGAGUGUAAAUUGCUAAGUGGCCACCACAUUUUGUGGCCAAAUUGACCGCCUAUAUGCACUGCGUACUUCUGGGUUGUGUGCGCGUUUGCGCCCACCCCCACAUUUGUGUUUAUUGCACUGCAAUUCAUUUAUGUGUUGUUCAUUGUUGUGAAGUCAAUUUGCAUUGUUUUACUUUGGCACUGAUAUGGUGUUAACCCUAAACCCUAACCCGAAAUUCAUAAUUUUUUUACAUUUGGCUUAAUCUUCGAGUUAGCGGGGGUUUAAUUAGUUGGUGGAGUUGAUUUCCACAAAUUCCAUGUGGUUUUUUUGAUAUUUGUUAGUUUAGAGGCUCCGAAGUGGCUAAGCUAGUGCAAGUCAAUGCUGGUUAAAAUCAACUCCAUCGGCUACUUAAACCUCAGCUAACUCGAAGGUUAAGGCUUAAGUGAAAAAUUCUAAUCUUCCCCUAUAAAUUCAACUAUCGGAAAGUCAAUUACAUGCGAUGACAUUUUACUGUUGUCAUUCUUAUAUUGAGGCAGCAAAGGGAGGAAAAACUGGUAAAAAGCGAUAAAUUACGUUUGAAGUAACUUAGUUGCCUUGAUAAUUAAGUAAUCAGUAAAGUAACUAGAUUACUUUUUUGAGGCGUAAUCAGUCAUCAAAUUACUUUUUCAAGUAGUCUGACAACACUGGUUAUUUCUACAUACACUAUAUAGUAAUACAAACAACCAAAAUUAUGUGAAGUAGUUCCCCUUUAAGACAUUGUUGUCUUCUAUGCCUGUUUCACAAUAAGGAAAAUGUACCGCUUAUGAUCUCAGGUGCCUUUUAAUGUACAAUCUAUAUGAAUGAGAAACAUAUUGUAUACAAGUAGAAUUGUUUACAUGUGAAUAUCUUUGUGUUAAAAGUAGGGCUGUCAAAAUUAUCGCGUUUUUAAAAAAAUUUUUUUAAUGAAUUAAUCACGUUAAAAUAUUUGACGCAUUAACGCACAUGCCCCACUCAAACAUAUUAAAAUGACAGCACAAGGUCAUAUGCAGUUGUUACUUGUGUUUUUUAGAGUUUUGUCGCCCUCUGCUGGUGCUUGAGUGUGACUGAUUUUAUGGGUUCAGCGCCAUGAGAAUUGUCUAAUUAUUGACAUCAACAAUGGCGAGCUACUAGUUUAUUUUUUUAUUAAAAUUUUAAAUUUUAUUAAAAUGAAAACAUUAAGAGGCGUGUUAAUAUAAAAUUUCUAUAACUUGUACUAACAUUUAUCUUUUAAGAACUUCAAGUCUUUCUGUCCAUGGAUCGCUUUAACAGAAUGUUAAUGCCAUCUUGUUGAUUUAUUGUUAUAAUAAACAAAUACAGUACGUAUGUACAGUAUGUUGAAUGUAUAUAUCCGUCUUGUGUCUUAUCUUUCCAUCCCAACAAAAAUAUGGCAUAUUUUAUAGAUGGUUUCAAUUGCGAUUAUUUACGAUUAAUAAAUUUUUAAGCUGUGAUUAACUCGAUUAAAAACUUUAAUCGUUUGUAUUUAUGUGUACGUAAAAGGAAUGACAUAAACCUCAUAUUUUGGAAGGGCAAAGGCGUGUUUGUUUGGUGUACUUGACAAAAUGUAUUUUCUUGGUGACAUAAUUUCUAUUUGUACUUCAGAUAUGAAUCAGAUUUUUAAUGUGUUAUGCACACUCAUUUGAAUAGCAAAUUAGAAUUAUUUAACCUGUGUGUCCAUCACACUAGUCUACAAGCAAAAUGCUUCCAGGAUAAAAGUAGUGAAACUUUAUUAAAUUUGGGUCACUUAAGGGAAAAAAAAUGGUCAAAAAUGUAUUCACACACAAAUUUCCUUUGUUAUGGUACAUCCACCCACAUGUCUUAGUGCAUGCAUAUUGAUUGUCAAAGACUUCAGUAGACAAAAAGGGGAUCAAUUUAAAGUGUUUGUUUUUUAUUAUGUACCAGGAUGGGUGUCCAAAACCUUUUUUUAAAUGAGAAACUUUUAAAUUUCAAAAGUUCUCAAAAAUGUCUAUUUUUCACACACCUGGUUUGAAAAAUGCUCUGCUGUACAAAAUGUCUUCCCACAGAAAUUAGAGAUUCAAGCUUUCCAAUGAUGCAUCACACAUGCAUAUAGGAAAAUUUUGAAAUUCGGCCAAAUUGGUGGCCUCAGAACAGAACUUCAAGUCACCUUAGUGUUUUCCACCAAAUAUACGUAAGCGUAUUGCAUAGACUUGAAAAAAUGUUUCUUAAAAACUUGUUUUUCUGAGUACUUUA